AGAACUUUCUUCCCCGGUCUGGAGGUUCCGUGUGGCACACUGCUGCUCCUCCGCCAGCUUUGUGUGAGGGGGGUAGUCCCAGUAGGUUCACCGCAGCCGGGUGUGCUUCCCUGGUUAUGGUGGCUGAGGUGCACGGUCAUCUGAUCACUAGGGGUGUGAACUGUCAUUAGGUCAUGUGGAUCAAAGUGCUUCACAACAUGUUGGAUCAGAAGUUACAGCUAUAGUAAUUCCUCCAUACAGUGCCAAGCUGGUGUAUCCCCACAACAUCCAGAUAACAGAAAAAGAGAAAACCAGCAUCUGCUAUCUGUCCUUCCCAGACUCCUAUUCAGGUUGUCUGGGUGACACACAGUUUACAUUUCGUAUGCGUCGCUCAGCAGGACAUAGAAAUUCUCUUCAUGAUGUUGAGAAAUAUAAUCUGGAAGCCCCUGUCACUCUGCAGAGGGAUACUGCCCAUUAUUUUGGGUAUGUAUAUUUCCGACAGGUGAGAGACAGUUCUGUGAAGAGAGGAUACUUUCAGAAGUCUCUAGUUCUUCUCUCCAGUUUACCUUACACCAACUUGUUUCACACACUGCUGCAACUCAUAGCACCAGAAUAUUUUAACAAAUUGGAGCCCUGUCUUGAAGCUGUUUGUAAUCAGAUUGAUCGAUGGCCGUUUCCUGAGCCAGGACUUUCAUUGUCAUUGCCAAUCAUGGGAAUUGUCUUGCAGGUCAAAAUUCCAAACCAGACUGAUCUGAUAGAAACUAAUGUCAUUACUGAUCACCCCAAGGGUGAGCUCACCAGGGCAACAAAUGAAAGUGUUCUACAGAUGGACCGGCUUGACCCCCCAUGCCACAUCUCCAGCAUUCAUGAAUUGGAUCUUUUCAGGUCCCUGCAGUCUGUUCUGAUGAACCUCCAGUUGCUGUGGGAGCUGGUUUUGCUAGGAGAGCCACUUGUUGUUAUGGCGCCUUCACCCACCAUUUCAUCUGAGAUUGUGCUAGCAUUGACUGGAUGCAUUUCUCCAUUAAAGUUUUGCUCCGAUUUCCGUCCGUAUUUCACUAUUCAUGACAAUGAAUUCAAAGAGUACACUACCAAAACACAAGCCCCCCCUAGCUUGUUACUUGGAGUAACCAAUCCUUUCUUCAUCAAAACUUUGCAGCAUUGGCCACACAUCCUUCGUGUUGGAGAACCUCGAGUGUCAGGUGAGUUGCCAAAACAAGUGAAGUUAAAGAAGAUAACAAAGUUAAAGACACUGGACACAAAAAUGGGGAUGUACACUUCCUACAAGCCAUUUCUUCACAAAGACAAGGCUCUUAUUAAACAGUUAUUAAAGGGUCUGCAGAAGAAACUACCUUCUUCUGCACUCAGCUCAUUGCUACGGAAACAGAUGUUUGAUUUAACCCAGAGCUUUAUUUUUCCCCUGGAGCGUUAUAUGGGCAGUCUUAUGCCACAUCAUAGUGCCAUUACUCCCUGGAAGAAUCCCCCACAAGUACGACCAUUUCAGCAAGAAGAGCUAAUGAAAAUGUUAGAACAUACAGGUCCACAGCAUAGCUCUGCAAUAAAGGGAGACUGGAUUGGACUCUACAGACGGUUCCUGAAGUCUCCCCAUUUUGAUGGCUGGUAUCGGCAUAAGCAGAAAGAAAUGAGAGAAAGACUUGAAACCGCACAUCUCAAACUCAUAUGCGAAGCAAAUAUAACGGCAUGGAUAAAGAACAAAUCAGAAGUGGAGAUUGUGGAUCUGGUACUGAAACUGAGAGACAAACUGGCUCGGGCCCAUAGACAGCAUCUUCCUGUCAGCCCUGUUUCACUGAACAGACUGAAAUUCCACAUUGAUGAAGUUAUUGGCUCCCUUCCUGAAGACCUGCAGAGCAUUUUGCAUCCUCACUGAAUACCACAGCAUAAUAUGCCACUCAUCAGUGUUUGCCAUGUAUCAUCACUGUAAUGUCACUGUACAUCUUUCUGCUCCGUAACUUUUAAGUACAGCUAUAGAUUAGCUCACACAGUACAGAAUCCAAAAUGGUUAUGUGCUUUCUGGUCUAUAUUCAUUCAGAAAAUAAAAAUAAAAAAUCAGCACAGUGUACUUUUUUAUGACAGAAUAGUACAGUAUGGCACAGAACAGAUUGAUGAGAAUUAUAAUAGUUUUCAUCACUGAAAUGACAAGCACAACAAUACUCAUGUGUGAAGUACUUACCUAAUAUACAUCUGUAGGGCAUUGCUCUGCUAUUUGUUCAUGAAGACUACUCCAAAUGCAGUCUGCAAAAGUCUUAAUAAUCUUUGCACUACAUUUUUAUUUUUUUUAUUUAGAAUUAAAAGGGGUUGUCCCAACUGGUUACUUCCCACCUGUUAACCGCAGCCUGAUGUGGAUAAGAAAGCUGAAAGCAGCUAAAGCAAGAAAGUUAUGCAGUUGGUGCAACUCCCAUUGACUUUAAUGGGAGUUACACAAACAGCAUAGCCGUGAGCCAAGCUUUUUGCAUAACUUCCGGAGCUAUGUAAAUAGAGUAGCUGUGGGGCUACGGCGUUUGCGCAACUCUUAAUAAAGUAAAUUCCCUGCUUUGGCUGUUUUCAGAAUUCCCGACCACCUGCAAACAAACCAGAGGAAUGGGAAAAGCCAGAAGUAACCAGGUGGAACGACCCCUUUAAGAUCAGAACAUCAUUAUGGGUCUCAAGUGACUGUGUGCCAUUUAAAGAAUCUAUAUAAAGGUUUAUUUACAAGUAUUAUAAAGUGUUUAAUCCUGAGUAUUAUCCCAUGUAAAAGGCUCUGUGAUCAAUUAACGAACAUUGUUUGGUGGCAGCACACCACCUUGUGUAAACAUAGGAGUGCUGCUGCCAAUGAUGGAAGUAUGACUGAGCAGUCAUUUGAGCUGCCGUUCACAUUCAACAAUUGGUCAUCUAAUAAGCGCUGAUUGAUCUGCUUUUAGUUGACUGGCACUUUUAACAGAGAAUAAUGUGCACUAAAAAACUACUUCCAUUAAACACUAAAUAUUCAACUCCACCAAUAAACAUAAUCUGUAAUCAUCAUAUUGUGGUAGGUAGUAGGUAGAUGUUCUAAUUUGUAUAUUCAUACGGUAUUUUGCUAGCUGCAGGAUCAACCCAAUUCAUCCAUAUAAAAUGGAAAUUUCUGCAAUAUAAAAAGUGAAUUAACCUUAUUUUCAAAACCUAUAAGUUGCAAAGUGUUACUGCAUGCAUUUAAUGUAAAAGUGUUUCAAACACUAAAUAUUCAUAAUGUCUCUUAAAAAAAAAAAAAAAAGAAUGUACUUUUUCAGAAAAUGAAAUUCAUUCAAAUUUUUUGGUGAUUUCACUUUUGAAUUUUUUUUUGUGUAAUAAGCCUUGAAAAAAUAAAAAAUAAAAAAAAUAUAUAUACCAGCUUUCACACUGUUACUUGUCAGCUUUGCUGUAUAGACAGGGAUAGAAAGCACAGAGUCAUCUCAUUAGCAAUACGGGGUGGGUGAUUUAAAGGAGUUUUCUUAUGAAUUCAUUUUCUUGAUAUAUUCUUUUAUUUAUUCCAAUCCCACAAGCAUCAAUCUAAUUUUACUCUGCUAGGUAUAAGCAAGAAAAAUCUGUGUCCCUCAGAUAAUACCUCUGUUCCUAACUACCACAAAAGCAUAUAACCUUUUGUGGAGACAUGCCAUCAUUUGUGCUAACAUUGGACAAUGGUGUAAAUUAGAACAGGACAUAUAUUCUCUACAGUUUGCUAUAUUUAUAAAUGUGCAUCAGCUUUCAUGUUUGCCCUUAGAUUUACAUAGAAAUCCAAAGAUUCAUAAAAAAAUUAAAAGCUUUCAAAAGAAGUCACAUACAAGUGUAAUGCUAUGCUGUUAAUAGCACUACUAUGUGCUAUGUAAUCCUGUAUAUUCCAUUGUAUGCAUGCUUUGAACCUGCAAAUUCUUUUAAAAUAAAAAAAAAUGUUCCAAAUAA